UCAUUUUAAGACUUCUUCUUUGAGACCCAUUUUCGGUAGAGCAUUAAUUUCAAAGUCUUUCAUAGAUUCCAAGACUCUUUCAAACCAAUUGCUUCUUCUGUAAGUAUAUAAAUAUAUAUCUUACAAGAAGUUAAAGAAUCACAUUCAGUUUCUGUAUCCUCGAUCUUUGGAAAUUGAUGAAGACGAUGAACACUACAAAAACUCAUAACACCUUUCUGAGUUACUUUUUCUUAUUUCUUUGGGGUUUUCUGUUGAUGGAGGUUGGCUUAGGACAAAACCCAACAACUGAAAUCAAAGUAGGAGUAGUUCUUGAUCUCAAAACAAACUUUUCCAAGAUCUGCCUCACAUCUAUUAAUAUGUCGUUGUCCGAUUUCUACAAAGAUCAUCCUAAUUACCGCAGAAGACUUGCGCUUCACGUCAGAGAUUCCAUGGAAGAUACUGUUCAAGCAUCAGCUGCAGCCUUAGACCUAAUCAAGAACGAGCAAGUGAGCGCCAUCAUCGGACCAAGAACCUCUAUGCAAGCCGAGUUUAUGAUCAAACUGGCUAACAAAUCUCAAGUACCGACCAUCACAUUCUCCGCAACGAGCCCCCUUCUAAGAUCCAUCAGCAACCCUUACUUCGUCCGAGCGACUCUCGACGACUCAUCCCAGGUCAAAGCCAUUGCGGCCAUUGUCAAAUUCUAUGGGUGGAGAAGCGUCGUCGCCAUUUAUGUGGACAACGAGUUAGGUGAAGGAAUCAUGCAUUCCUUCUCAAACGCUUUACAUGACGUGGAUGUCAAAAGAAGUGUGAUCUCUCCGGAAGCUAACGAUGAUCAGAUCCUAAAGGAACUUUAUAAGCUCAAGACGAGGCAGACAAGAGUCUUCGUUGUUCACAUGGCCUCAAGUCUCGGAUUCCGAGUUUUGCAGAAAGCUAGAGAGAUCCAGAUGAUGGAGGAAGGGUAUGUAUGGUUACUAUCAAAUGGAAUGACGCAUAUGAUGAGACAUAAUGGUCGUAGCUUAGAGACUAUGCAGGGGUUGUUAGGUGUGAGGAGCCAUGUCCCUGAAUCGAAAGAGCUUGAAGAUUUCCGUUUGAGAUGGAAAAGAAAGUUCGAGAAGGAGAACCCAUCCAUGGGGGACGAUGUAGAGCUUAACGUUUUCGCAUUAUGGGCGUAUGAUUCGGUCACUGCAUUGGCCUUGGCCGUAGAGGAAACCGACACAAAGAACUUGCGGUAUGAUAAAGCUAGCGCUUCUCUAAAUAACAAGACAGAUUUAGGGACCCUUGAUGUCUCUCGCUACGGUCCAAGUCUUCUAGAGGCUCUGUCAAAUGUAAGAUUCAAGGGUUUAGCAGGAGAGUUUAAACUCAUUGCCAGGGAACUCGAGUCAUCAACUUUUGACAUCAUCAAUGUUAUUGGAAAAAAAGAGAAGGUUAUCGGAUCCUGGACAACAAGAAACGGACUUGUGGAUUUAAAUUCCAAGAAAAUGACGUCGUUUACAACAGAGAGGUUUGAGCCAAUGAUAUGGCCCGGACCUUCAAAAGUUGUUCCAAAAGGUUGGCAGAUUCCAACGGAUGGGAAAAAGAUUAAAGUGGGCGUUCCAGUAAAGAGAGGCUUCUUCAAUUUUGUGAAGGUAAAGACAGAUCCGAUCAGUAACGUAAUUACCGCAACGGGUUACGCCAUAGACAUCUUUGAAGCUGCUCUUAAGAAGUUGCCAUAUUCAGUCAUUCCUCAAUACUACCCUUUUGAGUCUCCAGAUGAUAAAUACAAUGAUUUGGUCUACCAAGUCUAUAACGGGACGUGGGAUGCAGUUGUUGGAGAUGUAACCAUCACAGCAAACAGGUCAAAGUAUGUUGAUUUCACUUUACCGUACACAGAGUCUGGGGUGUCUAUGAUGGUGCCCCUCAGGGACAACGAAAACAAGAACACAUGGGUGUUCCUCAAACCUUGGAGCUUAGACCUAUGGGUCACUACAGUUUGCUUCUUCGUGCUCAUUGGUUUUGUUGUCUGGCUAUUCGAACAUAGAGUCAACAAUGACUUUCGUGGACCGCCUCACCACCAGAUCGGCACUAGUUUUUGGUUCUCCUUCUCCACCAUGGUUUUUGCCCACCGUGAGAAGGUUGUGAGCAACUUAUCAAGGUUUGUCGUGGUCGUUUGGUGCUUUGUUGUGCUAGUGCUGACUCAGAGCUACACAGCGAAUCUGACCUCUUUCUUGACGGUACAACGUUUACAACCAGCGGCCACAACUAUGAGAGAUCUCAUCAGAAAUGGGGAGUAUGUAGGGUACCAACACGGCGCUUUCGUUUAUGAUAUUCUAAUAGGUGAAGGGUUUGAUAAAUCUAAGCUCAAGCCUUUUGGUUCUGCUGAAGAAUGCGAUGAUCUUUUGUCGAAAGGGACAUCAAAAGACGGUAUUGCAGCAGCUUUCGACGAAGUGGCCUACCUUAAGGCUAUCCUUUCUCAGUACUGCUCCAAAUACGCCAUGGUCGAACCUACCUUUAAGACUGCUGGUUUUGGCUUUGCAUUUCCCAAGAAUUCUCCUUUGACGGGAGAUGUCUCAAGGGCUAUCUUAAACUUGACUCAAGGUGAAGAAAUGGCACCCAUCGAGAACAAAUGGUUCAACAGUCGCAGCCUCGCUAGUGAAUGUCCUGAUCCAAAGACCGCUCUUUCGUCGAAUCGCCUCAGCCUCAGUAGCUUUUGGGGACUGUUCUUAAUAGCAGGCAUUGCUUCGUUCUUGUCAUUUCUCCUCUUUGUAGCCACCUUUUUGUACGAGCAUAGGCACACGCUAUGUGAUGAUGGUUCUGGAGGUUCCGUGUGGAGAAAGCUAACGUUUCUGUUCAGAAUCUUCGAUGAGAAAGACAUAAAGUCGCAUACUUUCAAGAAAAGUGCAGUUCAUAAUGUGAGUUCACCUAUUACUCGCACUCCGAGCCCUUCGACUAUACAGAUCAAACCAUGGCCACGAAGCAUGUCAUUAAACAGAGAGUUUGAGCGAAGAAGAACUUCUUUCUUCAUGACCGAAGAACGUUUCACAGUGCAACCAAAAGAUGAUGGAGAAUCUGAUAUUGAAUCUGGAGCUCAACGAUAGAGAGAAGUUAAGAAACCUCCAUAGCAAGUUAGAUAAGAAUCUAAUUCUUCCCUGCAUAUAAGAUCUACGUAAAUUAUUAACCUUAUUUGUAUAUAUAAUUAAGCUACGGUUAGUUAUCGUAAGUUUUAUUAAAUCU